CACACAGGAGUAGAUAGUGAGAGCAGAAGGAGCAGGGUGGCAGGAGUGAAGCAGGAGGGCUGCUGCUGAUUGCACAAAGCCAGGGAAGGAGUGCACAAUCCUGGGGAGAAGAGCAGCUGUGAAAUGACUGGAAGGGAGCCUGCCAGCCACUCCUGCAGAGACCUGAAGGUGUUGAGCUUCAGCUGAGAAUGGCAGGAGAUUCUCGAGUCCUCAUGGACCACAACAUGGAGAUAGGAGUCACGCCCGCACAGGUGAAGAAGCUUCCUAAACACUUGCGGGAUGCUCCAAUCACGACAGAGAGAACCCACUUGAUUUCUGACCCAGCGAGGAAGCCACGGCAGCGAUAUGUGCAGAAGGACGGCAAGUGCAAUGUCCACCACGGAAAUGUACAAGAGACCUACCGUUACUUCAGUGACUUGUUUACUACGCUGGUGGAUCUACGCUGGCGUCUAAGUUUUUUCAUCUUCACUUUGGUCUAUAUUGUCAACUGGCUUUUCUUUGGCUUCCUUUGGUGGCUGAUAGCACUCAUCCGUGGCGAUUUGUUGCAUGCUGACGAGGAGGGCUGGACUCCAUGUGUGGAGAACCUUAACAGUUUUGUCUCAGCCUUCCUCUUCUCCAUUGAAACUGAGACCACAAUUGGGUAUGGUUACCGUGUGAUCACAGAAAAAUGCCCUGAGGGUAUCAUACUGCUUUUGGUGCAGGCUAUCUUGGGUUCUAUUGUGAAUGCCAUGAUGGUGGGCUGCAUGUUUGUGAAAAUUUCACAGCCAAAGAACCGCGCAGAGACCCUCAUGUUUUCACACAAGGCUGUUAUCGCAGUGCGAGACAACAAGAUGUGCCUGAUGUUUCGGGUGGGGGACCUAAGGAACUCUCACAUCGUGGAGGCAUCAAUCCGAGCAAAGCUGAUCCGGUCACAGCAGACCAAGGAGGGGGAGUUCAUCCCACUCAACCAGACCGACAUCAACAUCGGCUUUGACACGGGAGACGACCGGCUGUUCCUGGUGUCGCCACUAAUCAUCUCUCACGAGAUCAAUGAGAAGAGCCCCUUCUGGCAGAUGUCAUUCACUCAAAUGGAGAAGGAGGAGUUUGAGAUCGUGGUUAUCCUUGAGGGAAUGGUGGAGGCCACAGGAAUGACAUGCCAGGCACGGAGUUCCUACCUGGACACAGAGGUGCUUUGGGGCUACCGCUUCACGCCGGUUCUCUCAUUGGAGAAGGGCUUCUACGAGGUAGACUACAACAACUUCCACGAUGUCUACGAGACCAACACUCCCACCUGCAGCGCUAAGGAGCUGGCUGCUAAGCUUCGGGUGGAGCCAUUGCUGCCUCAGCUUUCGCUCCUCAGCCCCGAGCCUAAAAUUCAUACUUUUGACCCUCUGGACUGCCUGUCCAACCAGGACCCACUAAGCCAGGAUGAGGACAAGGACGUGGAGAGAAAUUCAGGGGCAGACAGAGGAGAGACCAAUGGCUUAGCUGCAGCUCGGGAUGAGCCACCCCUUGCUGAUGGAUUGUCUGGCUGAUUGGCCACUUCAGUGAGAGCAAAGACUGGACAAGACGACAGGACAGUGUAAUGCUUAAUUUAGUCAAUGGUCAGCAGACAUCCAUCUCCAGUCCCUGAAUCAUGCAAUAUUCUGAUACUAGAGGGUCAAUCUAUAGUAUAGAUUGGUUUUGUAGUGAUGUACACAUACAGACGCACUCGUACAAUAUCUAUAUCUACACUUUAAGGUCAGUGGUUCAGGUUGUCUUUUUAUAAUCACAAUGACCACUUACUGCUGUAACAGCUCAAGUUGUAUUACUUAAACCUGAGCUAAAACUGGUAGCCAUGACAGAGUACCAUGGGGCUUAUUAUGGAUACUCCAAUAUUCUCGAUUUAGAGCGUGUUUAUUCACCUUCAUUUAAACAAAGUAUCGGUCUCGUAAACUUAACUACUGUGUCUGACGGCAGCUUCUGCGUGCUAAUGGGACCUUGUUUUUGAUCAUGUCAAAAGAAUUGUGGGAGAUCAUUAUUUCCUUUCUUUGUCAGUGUUGAGUCUGAAACCCAACUCGCCUAUAGGAUGAAACAUAAAGGCCUCUAGUUCACAUAUGCAAGAGAAGAUGUAAGAAGCUGUUCUAUAAAAGGCAACUUGUACAAGCAACCGCAAUCCAAUUUUGUUUUCUGUGUCCAUGGUUGUACCAUUGUAAAAACUGUCAUUCUGUGUCUGAGAGCCUUGACCCAAA